GUAAACUUCAACUAUCACUAGUUAGUAUUAACCUAACAUUGGGAAUAGACUUGUGAAUAUGAUGCCAAUGUCAGUAACCAGGUCUUCUAGGUUUCAGGUUUUGAUCCUUUUCUACAAUGGCUGAGAAAACACCUAUGAUAAGUUCCAUUGCUCGCCCAAAGACUGAGCGACGUGCUCCAAAGCAAGUCAGCUCUCGGUAUUUGAGUGCUACAACUGGAAAGAAAGAGAAAUCAUCCUCUGCUACUGCUCGCAUGGUACAAAGGGUACCCAGUCCUGAUCAGGAGAGAAUUCACAGUUUAUUUGAUCUCUCAACCUCCAUGAUAAGUGGUGAUACUACUCUCAAUGACCUACCUACAGUUACACCAGCCAGAUCCUCAUCACCAAUCUCAAAGCGAAGUGAAGUCAAGAAGGAGCAGAGAAAGCCACUGAAGCAAAAGGUGCCUCAUGCAUUGGAGCAAGAAUGGAAACAUGCCUGUGAUUAUAAUGAUUAUCUCAUUAGUGUGUAUAUGUCCAGAAAAUUGCAAGCAGAAAGUGUGAAAAUCAAGGAAGCCAAAAUGGCAGAACUCAAGAGCCUAAGUGAAAUGGUGCAGAAGCAACAAGCUGAAUGCUUGGAGAUAGAGAAGUGGUUGAUGAAGGCUGAGACACUAGAGCAAAUUUUGAUAAAUGAGGAGAAGGUGAAUGCCAUGAAGCCCCUUAGAGAGGAACUGAAAAAGAAUCAAGAUCUGAUUGCCAAAGUGGAUGCAAUAGCUGAAGCUGCUUUGGGUUCUGUGACUUGCAAAAAUUUCCCAUUACCCCCUGUGAAUGAAUUGCAAAUGGCUCUAGAUGAAUUUUCACAAGAAUUAGCUCAUUUCACUGACAACCGUCCAAGUUUGGGAGGUGUUGGGCCUGCUGCUUCUCAGGUUGAAGCUUCACUCAGAGAGUUGAUGGAAAUUAAGAGGGCCAACCAAUUGCUGCUCACAAGACAAAAGGACUUCCAGAAGGAAGCUGAGAAACAGAUGGCCUUAAUGGCUCAGAUUUUCAUCUUUAAGGAGGAGUUGGAGAAAUUCGCCUAGUGUUUACCUUAUGGUAUGAUGGUUGUUGAAAUGCCAUGGAUCUCAUCUCCUUUUGUAUCACUGUUGCCUUUCAAUAUCAUUUUUUCUCAACUCCUUGAUGUCUCUUGUUUUUCUUAUACUUUGAAAUCUCCCAGUUACUUCAAGUACAGAUGC